AUGCCCAGCGACGACACCAUUCUGGAGGGGCCAGUAACCCCAGCACCAUUAUUCGCCUAUCGCGCAAUUCGAGGCAUCUUCUUUGCCUCGCCUGAAUCCUCGCCCGACCAUGACAACAAGGAAAACCUUGUGCCUACAUACCCCUCGCCGUCGAAGCGAAAGCCCGUGACAGGAAUCUCCCUUCAACUGUCACCCUCACAGAAGCGCAAGAGGGACAGCAGUACUGGCGGAGGGACCAUCCUUUCCCCUACGAAGGGCAUACUCCGUACGCCGGGCCUGGCGACACCCAGAGCAAAAUAUCUGAAGGAUGUUAACGUCAAAUUCAAAAGCGUCAGCCCCGAGGCCCCAAAGUUUGUUGGUUGUCCUGCUUCUCCAGGCCAGCCACAGACAAGAGCUCAGGAUGCGUCACCAGUCGUUCGGCCUUCAAAACCCAUCCACAUUCUGGCAUCACCUACAGAAGCAACCUCGUCUUCCGUGGUAUUGCAGAAGCCAUUACAGAAUGAAGAGCCGGUAGUCAACACUUCAACCGAAUCUGCACCUCCAACGUCGCCAUGCAUGCUCUCCCGAACUGCAAUAGAGGCCUACAUGGCCCAAACAGAAAAGGAAAUGAAGAAACUGGUCCGCUAUGGGCAGAAGAUGCGCGAGUACGCGCGCAAAAAGGACGCCGAGAACCAGGAACUAAAAAGCAUGAUUGAACAACUCCGGAGGGAGAAUGAGAGGCUCAAAAGAGACACAGACCCUUCUGCUGAAAGCCAUACAAAUACCGGCGGUAUUCCACUGAUUGGAAAAGAGCUGAAGAACAACAAAGAAGAGAAGCGUGUCACCGCUGAUAUGCUAGGGGCGAGUGCAUCGCCUGCGCUAAGGAACAAACGUCGAGGCUACGUCCGGGAGGAAGUCGAUAGGGUCGAAACGACAGUGCGAAGCCAGACGUUCGGAGAGUCGAAGGCUCAGAGGCACGUUAGCUCGUCGAGUACUGGAACGGCCGAACGAAGCACCGCGGGCAGCUGCGAACCCUCGAGACCUUCUGGUAGUUCGUGCAGUGAUAUACCCCCCGACCAUUCACCCACGAUUAGGCGAUCAACAUCAUCAUCCCAGCCAAAAUCUUCAUCUUCAACGCCGCUCAUUGCACUUCCUAUAAAUCCACCUCUGCCUGCGGAUGUAGACCUUCCGGGAACAACAACAUCCACCCGCUCCACUUCAGCCAACAUCACCGUCGCCGCCAAGUCCGGCACCAUAAGCCUUCCGCCCGAUCGCCUUGCAGCUGCUCGCGACAGAUUACGCCGACGCGCCGAGCGGAGGAAAGCAAGUAUUCCGCUACAGAUCGACUCGGCUCUCGACAAGCAGGGGAGUAGGCAACCUGUAGAUCUGGAUCAGGCGCAGCCACUCCAGAGGACAGGUCGGGAGUGGAAGCAGGAGCAGGAACUUGUCAAGGAACCAGAAGACCCGAGCGAGGUCGACUGGGCGAAUCUCUAA